AUGACUUGCUAACGAAGAAGGUUCUUAGUCAUGAAAUUAACCGACGUGAGUAACGCCUACCCACUCCAACUUUCGCAUGGCUCCGAACAUGAAAACGUUAGUUUCAAACUUGUGGUCGUGUGAAGAACGCAGAUGGAAAGCCGUCAGUGAAGCCGAGUUUAUUUAUUAUUUCAGAAGCUGAGGAUGAUCGAACAUGUUGAUUACCCUGUUUCUUUGGGGAUUCCUGCACUCUUGUAUUUGUUUCGAACUUCCUGGAAGUCAACCGGCUAAGCCUUUCCUAGGAGAAUUCCAAAUGCUAUCUAAGGAUAUGACCACUGGGUGUAAGGUGAUCUUCUUUCCGCCGAGCAGAUACCAUUACUACGGGGAAUCGUGCAUCGAUGUACCGAAGGAGUUGGACUCGUCCUGCAACCAGGUCUCGAUGAGGUCAACGAAAAUAACAAAGUUAUCCAGAGGUGAUUUCGACCACUGGGAUCAAAUAACGAGCCUGAGCCUCGAGGUCAACACCGAACUCAGAACAAUAGAGGCCGGCGUUUUUCGAAACAUGUCCAAACUGAAAAACCUGACGAUAAAAAACAACUGCAACCUGAAAGAGCUCAGUGAUGGAGUUUUCGAAGGUCUUGUCAGCCUAAAAGCUCUCUCAUAUACAAACAAUAUGAAAGACUUAAAACAAUUCUUGUACAGCACGAGACCGGCGAUUCUUCCGAAGUUAGAAAUGCUAGAUAUUUCAGAAAAUUUCCUCUAUUCUAUUAAUGCCACGGAUUUCGAACAUUUAAGAAAUGGCGUAUUGAAAAUUUUAUCUCUUAGGUUUUGCAGCUUGGUCUAUGUAGAUCCGAGAGCGUUUUCUCCCUUAUACGGCCUCACCGUUUUAGAUUUAGGAAACAACGACUUGAACACAACUGCCAUUAACGAUCUCAUGAUCGGCAUCAACGAAACGACUCCAAAUUUAUCAAGCCUGUGCUUAGCUUCGAAUCUCAUUCAUAAAGAUUCGUAUACAGUUUUAAAAACGAUUUCUCAUAUGAAUAUUUCAUACCUGGAUUUGAGUGAAAAUCAUUUCGAUCCCAUGAUCCCCGGUACGUUUCCCACGAUGUCCAAUUUAGUUCAUUUGGACCUUUCGGGUAUCAAAGCGGUCAGUUUUCCAAACGGUACUCUGACCGAGGAAAUCGUCCCCAAUUUGAAAAAAUUGAACUUAUCCAAAAACCGUUUCAUUAGUAUAAUAGAAGGUUUCCUCCUUCCGAAUCUAGUACACCUAGAUUUAUCCGAGAACACUUGCGAAACUUGUUUCUCGACUUCUCUGUUUAAAAUACACGACCGUCAACUGGAAAAGAUGGAGGCUUUGGAAGUACUCAAUUUGUCUAAAAACAAUUUAUAUUACAUUAAAAAAUACAUGUUUUACAAUUUACUAAGUCUCACAGAUCUAUCCUUGUCUAACUGCAGCAUUUAUAAAAUAGAUAAUUUUUCUUUUUCCAAUUUAACGAACCUUCUCCACUUAGAUUUAAGCCAAAACAAUUUCAUAAUCAGCUACGCCCUCACAAAGGAUGUAUUCGACGGUCUUGUAAAUCUGUCUUGGCUCAAUUUGGAAUCUUGCGGUAUUACAGAAUUAUCCGAUAAAGAUGUAUUUUUCAAUUUAAAAAAUUUGAUACAUCUCAACUUAAAAAGGAACUAUUUAGUGGAAUUUGACCAAAUUAUGUUUUCUCACUUAACAAGCGUCGAAAUAAUAGACAUGUCUCACAAUGAUAUCUUAGAAUGGGAAACUGAAUUAUUUUACAAUAAUAAGAAUUUGAAAACGCUCUCACUCGUAUCGAACCAAAUCGGCGAAGUAACUAUCAGCAUGUUGAAAGAUUUUUCAUCCCUCACGUUUGUCGAUUUGAAGGAUAACCCCUUCUUUUGCACGUGUUCCGCGCUCAGUAUGGUUAAAAAGUACAUGAAUUCUGUAGGGUUGACAAUGGUAGAUAUAAAUCUAAUGCAUUUGAAUGAUACAAAAAACGUGUGUUUUGCACCGAGGAAGUGGGCGACGACGGAAUUUAUCGACUACUUGAAUUACAAUUUAAGGACGGGCUACUGUGAUUAUAACAUGAUUGUCAUAAUGGGCAUUACGGCUGGAAUAUUAUUUUUAACAUUUUUAAUCGUCUGUACGGUUUAUUAUUUGAGGUGGCAUAUCAGGUACUGGGCGUUUCUUUUACAGCAGUCCAUGGGGCACGAUUAUUUUCCGAAAAAGAAGCGGAACCCUCCGGACGGCAAGUACAAGUACGACGGUUUCGUCUCCUACAGCCACGAGGACAGGAACUUCGUCGUGAAACUGGUGACAAUGCUCGAGUCGCAGGAGCCGUUUCUCAGCUUGUGCGUUUUCGACAGGGAUUUCGACGUCGGCGGGGUCAUCACAGAGAACGUGAUGACCAACCUCGCAAGUUCCCGGAGGACGAUACUCGUCCUCAGCGAUUCCUUCGCUCGGUCGACGUGGUGCCUUUGGGAAAUGCAGAUGGCCCAACAUAAAUGGAUCUUCUUCAAAGACGAGGAAAACGACCCCUUGAUCAUAAUUAAAAUCGGUGAAAUCAUGGACCGCCACAUGACCCCCACCCUGAGAUAUUUGAUCAAAACACGCAUUUAUCUACAGUGGAACCCAGAUCCUAAAAAGCAGAAGAUAUUUUGGCAAAAACUGAGAUCCGCUCUGUCCAGACCGACAAUGAAUUGAACCUAAAUCAUUGAUAUCUGUGAUUUUAUUAAUAAAUAAAAAAUCAAAAUUCACGUACCUGAGAGAGAUUAUUCUUUUACAAGCCCCUUCAGAAUGUCUAGUCUACAAAAAAUGAAUUUCGAAGUCUAAAACUGAUGUAAAGAUUAUUAUAAUAAUAUAAAGUUAAGUAUUUA